AUGCCAUCGCCUCAAGUCUACCCAGUCCUCCCCCGCGCCGACACCCUAGCCCAACUCCCCCCCGAAUAUCCCACUGACGCACAAGACCAAAUAACGCACCUCCUCUCAACAUCCUCCCUAAACCGCCUCGUCGUCCUCGACGACGACCCAACCGGAACCCAAACCUGUCACGAUAUCUCCGUCCUCGCCGUCUGGGACAUUGACACUCUGGUCGAGGAGUUCCAGCGCCCCUCCCCGGGCUUCUUCAUCCUAACAAAUUCUCGCGCACUCCCGCCCGCAGAGGCAGAAAUUCUGAUCUACGAGAUCUGUCGGAACGUAGCACAAGCCGCUAAAGCUACCAAACAAAUUGUCGAUAUUGUCCUCCGCAGUGAUAGUACGCUACGAGGCCACUUCCCGCUCGAGGUGGAUGUCGCGCAGUCUGUGUUCGGGGAGGCGGAUGCGUGGAUCCUAGCGCCGUUUUUCUAUCAAGGGGGUAGAUUUACUAUCAGUGAUGUGCACUAUGUUGCGGAGGGGGAGAGGCUGGUUCCGGCCGGAGGGACGCAGUUUGCAAAAGAUGCGACGUUUGGGUAUGAGAGUUCGAAUCUGAGUGAUUAUGUUAUGGAGAAGGCGCCUGGACGGUUUAAGUCGGAGCAGUUGCAUUCCAUUUCUAUUGGGGAUAUUCGGAAUGGAGGUCCGCAAGGGGUUUGUGAGAAGCUUUUGGGUAUCUCUGGGGGAGGGGUGGUGAUUGUCAAUGCGGCUGCUGAGUCGGAUAUGCAUGUUUUUGUGGCUGGGUUGCUGUUAGCCGAAGCAAAGGGAAAGCACUUCCUCUACCGCACAGGCGCAGCGUUCGUAUCCUCCCGUCUAGGAAUCCGCUCUAAGGCACCCAUCAUAGCAAAUGAACUCCACCUACCCUCUCCCAGAAAUACAGGCGGACUGAUACUCGUCGGUUCCUAUGUCUCCAAGACCACCGCGCAGGUGCACACAUUGAUCAACCGCAGAAAGGAAGACGGCAAAGAACUAGCCAUAAUCGAAAUCAAGGUGGAAGAGCUUCUUGAAUCACACGAAUCCGCACUUCGCACGAUCCAGAGCAUCGUCAAAGAAACAGAGCAAUAUCUCCAAGCUGGGAAAGAUACAUUGGUCAUGACGAGCCGGAAACUCGUAACCGGCGACGACAAAAUAUCCUCCCUGGCAAUCGGCACGACUGUCGCGGAAGCAGUCGUGAGAGUACUGCAAGAGAUUGAAGUACGGCCGCGGUAUAUCAUUGCAAAGGGCGGAAUCACCUCAUCCGACGCCGCUACUAAAGGCCUUAAUAUCAAGCGUGCGCUGGUCGUCGGACAAGCUGCACCGGGUGUACCACUUUGGCGAUGUGAUGAGCAUUCAUCCAGGCACCGGGGUGCUCCGUUUGUAGUCUUUCCGGGAAAUGUGGGGAGUGAGUCGACGUUGUAUGAGCUGGUGGAGGCGUGGCAUUGA